CUCGCGAAUUUUGGAACCUGGAGUUUCUUUAUCGCUUGCAGGCGUGAUCUUGCUUCCCUUAUAAUCUACUAAUUUGCCACACAUACACAAAUAUAUACUGAAGAGUGGGGUACUGAACUCUCUAGACUACAACAGCCAUGGCGUCAAUCGACGCGGCUCGCAUAGCGGAGGUCGAGGCUCGCUAUGUCGCUGAACGCGAUAAGCGACUACAGGAGCGACCAGAGGGGGAGGAGCAGUGGAUUGAUACGGUAACGUCUGACAAGUGGGCAUGGAUCCAGAAGGAUCCUUGGAUUCGGCCGGACGACCACACAGAGUUAUCGGUUGAUAUUUCAAACACGAUCAAGUACCUUAUUGUGGGCGCUGGAUUCAGCGGGCUUCUUUUCGCUGUCCGCUUAAUCGAGACAGGCGUGAAACCGGAGGAACUUGUCCUUGUCGACGCUGCAGGCGGAUAUGGCGGCGUAUGGUACUGGAAUAGAUAUCCGGGCAUCAUGUGCGAUGUCGAAGGUUACAUCUACAUGCCACUUCUCGAGGAGACUGGAUACAUGCCCAAGCACAAGUACUCAUAUGGUCCAGAGUUACGCGGUCAUGCCGAGCGCAUAGCAGACAUGUGGAAUCUACGCUCCCGAACCAUUUUUCGACAGCACACGCAGUCAAUGGAGUGGGAUAAUUCAAAAGCAGAAUGGAUUGUGCACACCCAAUUCACAACGCGCGAUCGAAAGGACCUUGACCAAACUAUACGAGCCAAGUACGUGUUGCUUGGUGGCGGUCAGCUUACCCAUCCAAAGGUUCCCAUUGUGAAAGGGCUUGAUAGAUUCGACAGGCAUAUGUUCCACACGUCACGCUGGGAUUACGAGUAUACUGGCGGCACCUCGGAAGACAACAAGCCGGCCAUGGACAAACUCAAAGAUAAGGUUGUAGCCAUCAUUGGAACUGGCGCUACAGCCGUCCAAACGGUGCCUGAACUAGCCAAGUAUGCUAAGCAUCUAUACGUUGUGCAACGCACGCCGUCGUCGGUCGACAUUCGCGGGCAGCGCGAAACGGACUCCACAUGGUGGAAGGAGAUGACGUCGCAGAAAGGCUGGUGGAGAGCUCGAAACGCAAACUACGCAGACAUAUUAGGCCAGAAGAAUCCCCCACCCAAGGAUAAUCUAGUCGCGGACCAGUGGACGAUAGGCAACCCCUCGUACUGCACCGCGUGGGGUUACGACGGCGUGCUGGCGCCUGAAGAGGUUCCCAAGUACGUCCAUGACCUGCACGUGCAGGAUGUGCCUCGUGCAGAGCGAAUCCGGCAACGGGUUGAAGAGACCGUCAAAGACAGAGCGACAGCGGAGAAGCUUAAGCAUUGGUAUCCGACGUGGUGCAAGCGGCCGUGCUUUCAUGACGAGUACCUGCCGGCAUUCAAUCGGCCCAACGUGACGCUCGUAGACACGGACGGCCAUGGUGUAGACUCAUUUACGGAGACGGGUUUCAUAGUGGCGGGGAAAGAAUAUGCGGUCGACUGCCUGGUGCUCAGCACGGGUUACAAGACGAGGGGUCCAGCGCCAACGGCACGGUUUGACGUGCGUAUCACGGGCCGCGACGGGAUUGACAUGGGCAAGGCAUUUGACGACGAAGUCAGUACGCUGCACGGGCUGAUGCGGGCAGGGUUCCCCAACCUGUUCUUCAGUGGGAUUGCGCAGGCGUCUUUGUCUGGUAACGUGGUGUACAACGCCGACGUGUUCGCUAGACAUGUGGCGUACAUAUUGAGCACAGCACAGCAGAGACAUGGCGCUGGCGCGCUGAUUGAGUCAACCCAGCUGGCUGAGCAGGCAUGGGGUGAUCUCGUUGCCACAUACUCGGUCGGUUUGGCGGGCAUGGGCGGCUGCACACCAAGCUAUCUAAACAGCGAAGGUGGCCUAGACAAAAUGAUGCAGACAGCGCCGCCAGAAGCGCUGGCCAAAAUUGUACGAUCUGGACUGUGGGGCAGGGGUGUGAAUCACUAUGUGAGCCAUUUCCCCCGCCCAUCUCAACGUUUAGUUUCUCGGUUUUUUUUCUAACUACCCUUCUUUGCUUAAAUCUUCUUGUUUAGCCGUUGUUAAAUACUUGUGCUAUGGGUACACACAUGUCCAAGCACUGGCUAAUACUUGAGCAAUCAUGACAGAUGAUGACACUAGACGACUGGAAGAACGAAGGACGGCUAAACGGCUUGAGUAUCGCAGCUGCGGCUGCUUAACAUUCCUGUCCAGAGCCUAGGCCACCUUGAAAUGGUUUGGCGGAGAUAAAGCGCGUGGGCUCGAGAAAGGGUAGAUAUGACACCUUAGAUCACCCAAGCUUUUCGCUCCUUCAGGUUAACAAGUUCGGCCAGCCAGUUACUAACGAGGCAAAGGCUUCAUCUGCCAAGAAUUUAGAAUCGAUCAACCGACAUACCGACCCCUGUGUAAAGUUGAGGAUAAGAAAGAGAAGGUACUAGAAGACAGUAGCAUAAGACGGUAGUAUGUUGUCCUAUGUAACAUUCCUGGUAACUGAGCAUCAUGUUUCUAAGGGAGUCUAUGCGUCACAUAUUCUUUGUAAGUGACUGUAUUGUGUUAGCGCGUGAGCC